GGAACGUCGAAUUUGGAUAUUUGAAUCGACUUUGAUGCCAUCACUUUGGGACAUUCGACACAUCGCCUCAUUAUCGCGCAGCUGUAUGCGUUGGAGAUGCGCGAUUGUCUUCAAGGACUGUCUGGGCAAUAAGUGUGAAACCGCUCGUGAGUAAACGACAAAUGCGUGCAUGAAACAUUAAUGAUAGAUGUAAUUAUUUUACAUUGAAGAGAGAUUAGUCUUCAGAAAUAAUGGAAUGAAGGCGCAAAGAAGUAGUGUGUUAUGGAAUAACCAAAUAUUGUGUUGAACGGACUUUGCAAUGAGUUGAAAUUCAUCAUGCGUGGGAAAUUUAAUUCCAUGUCUUACGAUGCAUAAUGAUGAGCAACAUUAAUGGCUUGAAUGAAGAGAUCUUGGUUUUGUAAUGAGGGUGCGAAGGAGAGAGAAGGGGGAACUGGGUUGUUCUGAAAGACAUGCGCACACCUCCCAGAAGCCAAUUUAGUAUUGCAGUGGAUUUAUCAGAAGAACUUUGGUCCGUCUCUCUCUACCUUUCCAUCUCAAUCGCCUCUGGAAUAGAAUGACUCCUGACGAAAAUGUCUCCCAAACACUUCAGUCUGGAAUAUGAGUCACGAAUAGACGGCCAGAAAACCGCUGCAGUGUUUCAACUCCACAUUUGAAAGAGAAACGGAAGAGGAUGCACGCCAGAGAAAUGGACGAAAAGGAAAUUGGCUUUCCUUCCUGUGUAAUGGAUAUUUGCUGACUUGGCUUUUUGCGGUGCAUCCUUACCUUGGACUUGAGGUGCUGGGAAUGUUCCAUGAUGACUUUGUCAAAUUAGUUUUUUGUUCACUUUCAUUACCUAAUGAGAGUAAUAAAUGGCUAAAUGAUUGAUGAAGUUAAUUUCUGCAAACUGGCUUUGAUCUCAAUUCCAUGAUUCCUUGGUGGCAGUGGAAAAAUGCCACAUUGACAGAAGAAUAGCAAUGCACACAUAAACAAACACAUGCUCACACCAAUCGUAAACAAACAAACAAAUCCACUCAUUAACAUUAUCAUCAUCCCUUGAAUGUGAAUACAAAUUCCCAAUAUGGAAUUUCCUCAUCGCUUUCCAGUACUGUGACUUCCAAAGCUGAAUUUAACUUUGGGGAAUCUCAGAUUAAAACCACUGACUAUUUUACUCUGGUAACUCAACUCUAACUCCCAACACAUUUCCUUCUCUCCCCCCCACCCGCUCCACGUGGGGGGGAGAGCUUCCUCUUACGGGGUGAUCCCAGAAGCUUGUCCCAGCAGACGGUGACUGUCACGCAAGUGUCCAUCAACAUGGAUGCUGGGCAGGGCAGCCCGGAGAGCCCUAACCGGGCGGUGGAGUACCUGCUGGAGCUCAACAACAUCAUUGAGAGCCAACAGAAGCUUCUGGAAACUCAACGGCGGCGCAUUGAGGAGCUUGAAGUGCAGCUGGACCGGCUCAGCCAGGAGAACAAAGACCUGAGGUUGGACCGACAGCCCUGCCCGCCCCCACCUCCACCUCCCAUCCACCCCGUCCAGCCACCUACUUCCAACGCUGCAACCUCCACCAACAUAUACGCCAAUCAGAGCCACAACAGCGGGCCUAUCCCGAUACCCAUCCCGGCUCCGGCUCCGGCUCCCCCACCCCCACCUCCACCCGUACCAGCACGGGACCGGCGCGUCAAUGCCAACACGCACACGAGGCUCGGCCAAAGCCUGUCAGCUGGAGCCAAUGCCACGGGGCGAGAGAGGGACCGAGACCGGGAACGAGGAAGAGACGGCGCCGCUACCAGUUUGGGAAGCUCUCUGCAGAGACGUGUGGAGGGACAUCCUCAGUGUCCGGACACGGCUAGCUUUUCCGACAGCACCUGUAGUCAGGGCCCAUACCUGGGCAACUCGGAGCGCUACGGGAACAUCCGAAACAUUCCUGGCCCUCAGGGGCCUCCUGUGGCCCCUUCGAGCCCAGCGACCCUGGCCUGGGCGCAACGGACCCGCAACCAGCCCGCCAGCCUGGCACUCCGCAAGCAAGAGGAAGAAGAGAGCAAGCGCUGCAAAGUGCUCUCUGACAGCUAUGAGCUCUCCACGGACCUGCAGGACAAGAAGGUGGAGAUGCUGGAGAGGAAGUAUGGCGGUUACUUCCUGAGCAGACGAGCGGCUCGCACGAUACAGACGGCGUUCCGGCAGUAUCGCAUGAACAAGAACUUUCAACAGCUGCGCAGUUCCGCCUCUGAAAGCCGAAUGACUCGCCGGAUCAUCCUGUCAAACAUGCGUUCGCAGUAUUCGUUUGACGAACGACAGCCACAGGUUCAGCCCCAGACGCCCCAGCAGCAGCAAGGUCGAUAUACCAGCCAUCACACUUCGACUCUGGGUACAGCUAGCCAGACAGGAACCACAGACUCACAGCAGGAGACUGACUCACCUGCACACUGUCCUUCAGACAGAGAGGAGUACUCACGUGCAGACGAUGCUUUCAAUAAACAGGUGACAUCUCUGGCUGACUCUAUGGACGACACUCUGACGUGUCAGUCUGCCCGAGGGGACUCUCAGGAUGGUGGGGGAGGAGGUGAGGAGAGCGAGGAUUUCAGCGAGUGUGUAUGGAGCCGCAAACCUACCUCGCGUAGGGUGGUCAUGGGAGAGCAAGAACGUCUGGGGGUCAUGCACGAGGACAGCACAGCUACCUCGUACAGCGACGUCACGCUUUAUAUGGACGACGGCAUGCCGUGUUCUCCACUAUCCAUCGAGCGGGUUCCCUCCAGCACGGACACAGAGUACUGGGGCGUCAGCAGCGGGGUCGGAGGACGCGAAGACAGCCGGGAUACAGAGGGCGGCGGGAGCAAUAACAGCCGGCGUAGCACGCCAUGCACCGAAUGCAGAGAUUUCCGGUUGCGGGGGUCACACCUCCCCGUUCUCACCAUAGAGCCACCUAGUGACAGCUCUGUUGACAUGAGUGACCGUUCAGAUCGAGGCUCCCUCAGCAGGCAGCUGCUUUACGAGCAGGAGCCUACGGCGGGUGGAUCACCUCAAGGGACUCUCAAACACAACCCCGUCCCUCGCACGCCAAAUCCCUGUGUGGCACAGGGCCAGACGCGACCCCUGGGUCGCCCCAUCUCUUCCCCUCUUCCAACACACGUACCACACCACACAAUGAUGCACCACCAUCACCACCCACACCUUCACCAUCCGUUGCACCACCACCCUAUGCCGCACAUCCAUCACCCCUACCCAGACCCCACGUCUCCCUCACCCACUCAGCCUCCACUCACACCACUUUCUUCCUCGUCCUCCGCGCCACUGCCCACUACUGGCCUGGAGCACUCGGAUGGGGACAACGACUCUCUGAACUCUACCACCAACUCCAAUGAGACCAUCAACUGCAGCUCAGGCUCUUCGUCUAGGGACAGUCUAAGGGAACCGUUGCCUCCUCUGGGAAAACAGACCUAUCAGAGAGAGAGCAGGCAUAGCUGGGACUCACCCGCCUUCAACAAUGACGUGGUGCAAAGGAGGCAAUACCGCAUCGGACUGAACCUCUUCAACAAGAAACCAGAGAAGGGGAUCCAGUAUUUGAUAGAGAGGAGUUUUGUCUCAGACACACCUGUGGGCAUUGCACGUUUCAUCCUGGAGAGGAAAGGCCUAAGUAGACAGAUGAUCGGGGAGUUUCUGGGAAACCGACAGAAACAGUUCAACAAGGAUGUGUUGGACUGUGUGUUGGAUGAGAUGGAUUUCUCAGGCAUGGAUCUGGAUGAUGCUCUGAGGAAGUUUCAGGCUCAGAUUAAGGUUCAGGGGGAAGCCCAGAAGGUGGAGAGACUAGUAGAGGCCUUCAGUCAGAGAUACUGCGUCUGCAACCCUGCACUCGUCCGCCAGUUUCAGAACCCAGACACUAUCUUCAUCCUGGCAUUUGCCAUCAUCCUUCUCAACACAGACAUGUACAGCCCCAACGUCAAAGCUGAGAGGAAAAUGAAGCUGGAGGAUUUUAUCAAGAACCUUAGAGGAGUGGAUAAUGGACAGGAUAUUCCCAGGGAUUUGUUAGUGGGCAUCUACCAGCGCAUUCAGAAAUGGGAACUCAGGACAAAUGAUGACCACGUGUCUCAAGUGCAGGCCGUGGAGAGGGUUAUCGUGGGCAAGAAACCUGUGCUUUCUCUGCCACAUCGCAGGCUAGUGUGCUGUUGUCAGCUGUAUGAAGUCCCUGACCCCAAUCGACCCCAGCGGAGUGGAGUUCACCAGCGCGAGGUCUUCCUCUUUAAUGACCUGCUGGUGGUAACGAAGAUCUUUCAAAAGAAGAAGACGUCUGUGACGUACAGUUUCAGACAGUCUUUUCCCCUGGUGGAGAUGCAGGUUCAUAUGUUCCAGAACUCCUACUAUCCUCACGGUAUCAGACUGACAUCAGCGAUGCCCGGCAGCGAGCGUAAGGUCCUGAUUGUGUUCAAUGCGCCGAGCCAGCAGGACCGAACACGCUUCACCAGCGACCUGCGUGAGAGCAUCGCUGAGGUUCAAGAUAUGGAGAAAUACCGUGUAGAGUCUGAGUUAGAGAAGCAGAAAGGUGUGAUGCGUCCAGGGCUCCUGAGUGGAGAAGGGGGCGGGGUUGGCGGAAUGAAGACUGAAGCUGUGAACGGCACUCUCGGUAGGCCCAGUCUGGAUGACACGUACACUGCAGGGGAGGGGCUUAAACGAACAGCACUUAGCUCCUCACUGAGAGACCUCUCUGAGACAGGGAUCCAUCAUUAACAGCCCUCAGCCGCAUCAACGCUUGCCCACGGGGGGCGCCGUUCCCGGCUGCUAUGGGCUGGAAGACUACCGG